AUGCCUAAAACCAAUAAAGACAUAGAGAAACAGCUUCAGCUUGCUCUCGAUUCUCUAUCUGAGCAGACAAAGCCCAAUAUCACGAAAACUGCGCGAGAAUUCGCGGUUCCUAUGCACCGACUACGCCGGCGAUGGAAAGGUGGAAAAUCCCUUUUUCAACGAGCACCUAAUGGUAGGAAGCUCAAUCCUGAACAAGAGCAGGCUUUAUGUGAUUAUAUUGAUUACUUUGACACGGUCGGAGCAUCGAUAAACCGACGCCAAAUUGCUAUUGCUGCCGAUUCAAUUCUUGAGAAUGACCAUACCGAUCCCACUACGCCUGCUCCACAAAUUGGUGCCCACUGGCUACCACGUUUCCUGAAAAGACACCCUGAGUACUAUGUACGACGCCGGCGAGCUCUUGAUAUCGAAAGAGCUACUGCACUUGAUAAAUCAGUGGUUGAAAGGUGGUUUGAAGACUACAAGCAAGUUAUCACUGAGCAUGGGAUUUGCCAACAAGACAUCUACAAUUUCGACGAAACCGGCUUUCAAAUUGGUGUUGGACGAGACCAAUUUAUCAUUACAAGGCACCCAAAAAAGAAGCCAUGUAACGGCUCAGUUACCAAUCGAGAGUCUGUUACAGUUUUGGAGGCUGUUUCAGCAGAUGGUUUUGUCUGCCCGCCGCUUAUAGUUCUAAGCGCUAGGCAGGUAUUACUACCCUGGUUUGACGCCAUUGAUAGCGAUGAGCAUCUAGCUGUAACCGAUACCGGUUAUAUCAAUGAUACUUUAGCAUAUCAAUGGAUUCAGCUAUUCCAUAAGUGGACAAUUGGCCGUACAAUUGGUACAAAAAGGCUUGUUUUAUGUGACCGUUUUGGAUCACAUUUAACACGCCAAUUUAUACAAUUUUGUGAGAAGAACAACAUCAUAUUGUUCUUCUUACUCUCGCAUACUAGCCAUAUACUACAACCUCUCGAUGUCGGCGUGUUAAGCGUGUAUAAGCACUGGCAUAGUGAGGCUGUUGAAGCGGCUACAAUGACUGGAUGCCGCACUUUUUCGAAGGAUGAAUUCCUAUACGCAAUUGGCGAAAUUAGGCGUAAAACCUUCCGGCCACAUACUAUUAAGCUUGGGUUUAAAUUAACUGGCCUUUGGCCUAUUAAUUCCAAGCUGAUUACCGAUGAAUUAGAGUCAUACGAUCCAUUCGAUGACAAUUCACCCCAGUCAAAUACACCUUCAAUUGCCUCCCAAAAUACCGAGUUUAGUACGCCAAAAACCGCUGAAAGGAUUCGAAGGAUUAGCUACCGGCUAAACCAAUACGAUCCUACCACACAGCGCUUUAAAGAAGGGCUUGCAAAGCUUGCAAAGCUUGCAAAGGGGACUGAAGCGCAGGUUAUACUAGCUCUCCAGCUACAGCGGGAGUUCGACCAAACACAAGCUAUUAUGGGGGCACGCCAUGCUAGGUAUGACACUUCUCGCCGUCAUAUACCGAUCACCGGUAUCAUCAAUUCCACCCAAGUCAAAGAAAUGAAGUAUAAAGAAUACAAAUUGAGUGAAAAAGCCCAUCAAGACAAAACGAGGCGGAAGUGGAAGAAGGUGUUGAUCGAAAUCAGGAAGCACGGACGAGCCAAGAAACGCCGGGGAGAUUGA